AUGGGAAUUGAAACCGAAACAGAAUACGAUGACGGUCCAAGCGGUAAUUUGAAAAUUGGUAUUUGAAAAUUAUCAGAAUUUUUUGAAGAAUACGAUGAUUCUCUUGUGUCGUCGAGUCACGAGGAACAAGGCUUCAAUGCUGCCUAUGAAUCCAAAGAAGUUGGAAAUGAAGAUAAAUUUCUGAAAACAGAAGAUUUUUGAGGUUCUGGGCCGAGGCCUGGCCUCGACGGUCCGACGAUGCAUCGAAAAAGGCAGCGGACAGCAGUUUGCCGUGAAAAUCGUCGAUAUUUCGACGGAAAAACAAACGGAGGUGAGAAUACUUCAGGAAAAAUGAUAGAUGACUAAAAAAAGAUACAAUUGAAUCUGUUAUAAAGCCAUUUUUCUUAUUUUUUUUUUUGCAGUUCACUGGAAUUCACACAGGCAAAGUCCAAACGACCUCAAAAAGGCCUUAAAAAGAAGAGCCUAAAGCUCCUUUUUGAGUUCCUAAAAAGGUGUCAAAAGUUUCUCGGAAUCUCCUUUUUUCCAUCUUUUCUCCGCCUUAUUUUUUCACUUCCUUAAAGUUUCCUCUUUAGAAAAAAGUCCUUUUUGAGACCUUUUGAACUUUGCCCGUGUAUUCUACAUAGCUUUUAAAAAAAAUUUAUAAAAAAAUUGGCUGUUUUUUUGAAAUUUUGUGUAGUUUUUUUGUGAUUGGAAAAAGGACUAAAAAAAUAUUGAAUCGGAAAAAAAUUUGUCUAUUUGUUGGAAUUGUUCGCGUUUAAGCUCGAAAUUUGUCGUAGAGACUAUUUUUCCUUGUUAUUUCCAGCUUUUUUUCAGCUGUAUUUAUGUUUGCAUUCACUUUGAAAUUCUUUUUAUCUUGGAUUUCAGUCAAAAAAAGAAGGCAAAAUGUUCCGGAAAAAUUUUUUUGAAUUUGGAAGUUAAAAUGGAUUAGAGAAAAAAAUCACAAAAGAAAAAGAAAAAGGAAAAAUGUGAUUUCUGAAAUAUUUCUACUUCCAAAAAGCAAAAAUGAAAAAAAUUGAAUCGUAAAUUUAAAAAUAUAUAAGAGCUACCUAAGUAUGAAUAGAAUCUUUCAAGAAAAGAGUGUCUAUUUUUCUAGAUUCCAGGAAGAUUUUAGCGAUGAGAAUAAUUAUAAAAGAUCGUUGUGAGAUUUAUAGGAAGAAGCCAAGAGAUUACUGAAGGAAACAGUUUCGGAAGUGGAGAUUCUCCGACAACUCGCCGGUCAUCCGUCAAUUAGUUAGUUUUCGCCAUUUUUUUUACUUAUUCUUAUCUUUGUUAAUCAUAAAAUUCUUCUAAAAUGAUCAUCAUCGUAUUUUUUUAAUUCACUUGAAUUUCUCUACUUCGUUCCACCAAGAACAAAAAUCACACUUUUUUUCCUAAAUUUUUUUCGAUUUCUAUUUAUUCUACUUGAUAAUAUCGCGUAAUAUUGAUUAGGUUAUUCUUCAACUCGAAUUAACUUUAAACAAACUUUUUUUGUUCCAUUUUCCAGUCAAAAUUCACGACUUCUACCAAACGCCGUCGUUUCUUUUCGCCGUUUUCGAAAUGGCGCCAAAAGGCGAGCUUUUCGACCAACUGAACAAUACGGUGACCGUAUCCGAGAAACGGGCCCGACGACUCAUGCGGCAAUUGUUCGAUGGAGUCGAUUAUAUGCACUCCAGGAGCAUUGUCCAUCGGGAUUUGAAGGUGAGUUGGAGAGAGAAUUGAGAGAGAAUGCUCAAAUAUUGGUUGAAACGGCUUGAAUUGAAGAGUUAAAAUAAGUUUUUGAUCCUAAAAUAUAAUAUUCCGUUUGCAAUUAGAUACAAAAUCUGAUCCAGUGAUGUUUUCUGAAUUCCUUGAGGUUAUCCUCUUUUCCUGUAUCAAAUGAUUUUUAAAAGGAAAUCCGAAAGUUUUGUUCCAAUUGUAUUGUCAUAGUGUUUCCAUGAAAUAUGUUUUCUCAGAGAGAUUAAUUCCUGCAUUUUUUAGUGUAGUUUAGAGAAGACAAUAGGAUGAAAACGAUGUUCUUUUUGGUUCCCCCCUCUUGUCGGCCCGCGGUUUAACACGUGCCGCAGGAGGACUUGACCCCCCGAGUUAGGAAUUAAGUAAAAAUGUAAAAAAAAUGCAGCUCUGAGAUUGAAUAUUCAGCUCGAGAACAUUCUGUGCAUCGACGAUGAGCGAAUCGUCAUUUCGGACUUUGGGUUUGCCACUCGUCUCGCCAAAAAUGAGCUCCUUCGAGGUUACAAUAAACCCGAGAAAAUAAUAAAUUCAUGAAGAGUCCAGAUCUCUGCGGAACUCCCGGAUAUCUGGCCCCAGAAACUAUAAAAUGUCGACUGUACGAUGAUGCGCCGGGAUAUUCGUUCGGAGUGGACGAAUGGGCUCUCGGCGUCAUUUUGUACACCUUGUUGGCCGGCUACGCUCCUUUUUAUCAUAGAAGGUGAACAAGAAAAAAAAAAUCGAAAAGAGAAUUCAAGAAACGUUUUUCUUAAUCGAUUUUAGAUGAAAAAGUACGAAAAAAAAGCGAAAAAUUUCUAAUAAAAGUAGGUUUCAAAAUAAUUCUCGACGUUCUCCAAUUUAUAGUGAAUAGUGAUAUAUGUGAAUAGUGAAUUUAUAGUGAAGGCUCAAAAUUAAAAAUAAAUUGAGAGUAAUGAUUAGAACUUUAUUUUCAGUUCAGCCUAGAUAUCUUGAUCUCUAGAAAAGAUUCUGACAAGUUCUUCUGAAACCUGUUUUUUUCCUUUCUCUGCCUCAUUAUUUACUUCUUACGCCUUGACUUGUUGCGGUCGCGUUUGAAAUUUCUCAAGAUCAGAUUCUAGUUCAGCAUCUUCUUUUAAGCCCUCUACGGGCGCAAGUCGUUUCGAGUCGGUCGCAAAAACCCUCACGCGUCCUAGGGCAAAAUUCUGCCUUCCGCGCUGUUUUUUUCCGCAUCUUUCGAUUUGAUUUCUCGAAAAGAUAAUUCUAUAUCGUUUUUUUUCCCUUUUCACAGUUCCAUUCAUCUUUUUUCACCCUUGAACCAUCAAAAAUAUCUUUUAAAAAGAAAAAGUACUAAAAUUUGGCUUUAAAAAGUCAAAGGCCACAAAAUAAAUUUUCAUUCUGCAGUUUUGAAAUUCAGUUUCGUCCAUUUUUGAUCAAGCCAUUCUAUUUGCGACCAGAGACUUCAAAGUCAAGGCGAAUAAAGUAUAAACUUUUUUUCUCGUCCGAACUUUCAUUAACUUCGAGUUUGCCAAAUAAAAAAUCAUUUUUCGCAGACAACUGAUGAUGCUGCGGAUCAUACAGCAAGGCAAGUUCGAGUUCCGACAGGAACAAUGGGCGAACAUCACGCAGGAGGCCAAAGAUUUGGUAUUUACUCCAAAAAUUGACAUCAUAAUUGACCGAAUAAAUUACCAGAUCACGUCUCUGUUGGUUGUGGACCAUGAGAAACGGCUCACUUCGAAACAAUGUCUUUCCCAUCCGUGGAUGGCGCCGGCUCUGCCCAAAGUCACUGUGCAGUUGGCCGUAGAGCAUAAUGAGAAGCCUAGGAAAUUGUUCAAACAUGUGAGAUUAUUAUUUUCAAUUUUCGCGGCUUGAAGCGUUUUCAAAGUGGUCCCGACUACAAAUUUGCAGAAUUUUGAAUUUUUCGCGAUCUCUUUUCGUACAUCAAAUUUUGGAUAUUAGUCGUCGCUCAAGCUCCGCCUCUAAUGGAGCGAUAAACCAAUCAGAGGGCGAGCCAUACUUUGAGUUUAAUAGAGAAUGACGUCAUUGUACUUUCAAUACUUUGAAUAGAAAUUUUUAAAUUUCAAUUUUCCAAAAACGCAUCGCGACCGCUUUGCACAAAAUUCCAUUUAAUUCCCUCCUAUUCUGAUAAAGUUAUUCGUGCUGAUACGGGCUCUCAUCGGGUGUGCCCGUUUUAAUCCCGAUUGAGCAAAGCUGCCAGAACUUUUGGCUUUUUUUUAUCACGGGUGAGGCACCGUUCUAGCCCAGUGGGGUCUCAGAUUUCGAAAUAAACUUAGCUGGGUCAUCUUUCUCUUCUUGUACCCGUUUUUCUCCCGUUUUAGCACGACCGAGACUUGGAUAAUUAAAAAAAAAAGGGAUAACUACGGGUGCACCCGUUAAGACACCUGCCCAGCAUGAGAGUUCCGUUUCAAGCCAUGAAAAUUGAAUUUUAAACGAAAUCAAAAUUUUUAUUCCAGGCGAUCAUAUGGGUACGAUUUUUCAUUCGAUUGUCCAAGUACAAGUACCUCAAAUCGGUGGUGGACCGCGACGCGUUGAGAAAACGGCCGUUCAGAGAUCGCGAUGUGAGCAUUUUUUUUUUAUAGUUUUGGUAUCAAAUAAGUUCUGUGUACUUUUUCACAAACCAUUGAAAAAUGGAGAAAAUUUUGAAAUUUUUGAUUUGAAUCGUAGUAGUACAGUUCUGUUUGAAGCAAGAUUUUUUUCAAGAAACGUUUUUUUGAAAAAAAUUAUUGUACGGCAGGUUUUUUUAAUACCUUUGAUCUGGUUUUCAAUUCAUUAGCUAUGACAGUUUAUGAACUAGAAGCAACAUUCCCUUUCCUGUGUCGUUCAAAGUUUAACAAAAAAGAGGCAGCUCCCAAAUUUUUCUUGUUCGACAAAGAAAAGGAUAGUUAAACGUUUUUCUCAUUUGGAAGGGUUUGUAACUUUUUCCGAAAUGUUCGCCAUCUUGAACUUUGGUGAAAAAAAAACACUUUUUGAGGCUAUUUAUACAAUUUGAGAAAGCAGGGUGAUGAAACAAGUGUCUUACUGUCUGUGAAUUUUUUUUUCUUAGGUUUAUCGUAAAUUAAUAUUUGCUUAUAACUUUUUAGAGGAACUCUGAACACCUUGUUAGACUUUUUUCUAAUCCAUUUGCUUUUUAUCGUGAACAUUUUAAAUUUGCAGAUCCGACACGAAGCGGAGGCGGCCAUGUUCAGCGUCUACGGACACUGGGUCAACCGCGGGUUCUACUACUCCCGCGACAUGCUUUUUGCCAAUAAACCUCGGCCGAAAUAUCAAAAAACCGAACAAUUGUCGGUCAACCCUCCUAGGUAG